AUGAUUAAAAAAAUAUUCAUUCUUACUAUUCUUAUUUGCUUAACUGUCAUUAGUCAAGAGAAUCAUGACGAUAUCGUAUCUGUUCUCAUUGAUGGUACACAACAAAGAACAAAUACAACAUGUUUCUGUACUGAAGAUGAAAAAUGUGAUUCAAAUACUCAAACUUGUCGUUUAACACAUCUUGAUCAUGCUUGUUAUGAAAGUUGGACGAAAGAACCCAAUGAUGAUUCUAUUCAUGUCACUGCUGGAUGUGUUCUUAAUGAGUUUUUUUUUACAAAACUUUUCUGCAGCGGUAAUCAAACUAAUCGAUAUAUUAUUUGUUGUUCAGAUCAUGAUUAUUGCAAUGAUCGUGAUGCAUAUUCAAGUGACAUACGAAACAAAUUAUUAUCAUCAAAAAAACCUAAAUCGGAUAAAUUUUUCAUUAGAUCAAUAUUUAUUAUUAUUAUUAUUAUUGCAUCUAUUCUUUUACUUUGUACUUUAUUUGUAUUGAUUUUAUUUCAUAUUAAACGAAAAAAAAAAAAUUCAUCGAACUGUAAUGGAGUUACGAAAUCAGAUAAAAAAUCAGGUCUAUGGAUAUCGUUUUUACCUCGAUUAAAACGUUCAGUAUCAAGUACUAAAAGUGAUCCAUAUCCGGAUGAUAUAUCAAAAAUUUCAGACGAAUGCAAUACUCUUUUAUUAGGAACAACGAGAUUUUCGAAUCAAGUAACAUUAGAAAAAAAAAUUGGCAUUGGCGCUUAUGGCACUGUUUAUUGUGGUAAAUGGCAUCAAGAUACAAUUGCUAUAAAAAUUUGUUUAUCAAAUGAAGAACCAUCAUGGAGACGUGAAGUUAAUAUUUAUGAAGAAUUUGGUUUAAAUCAUGAAAAUGUUCUUCGAUACAUAGCCGCUGAUAAUACAGUAAAUAUUCGAGGCAACAGUUUACAACCAUUUCUUCAAUAA